AUGUUUGUUCUAGGACCGAGCCUACUGUCUCUGGCCCUCGACUCUAGCUUGUCUUUGUGCGCUCCCCCUAGGGAACUGUAUUCUCCUCUGCUUACAGAGAAGAUACUGCAGACCGCACUGGCUUCCCGUGCCACACAAUAUCCUCAGUACACGGACCGUGUCGCAGGCGAUUGGCUCUAUUUUGCGCCGGAUACUUGGACAUCGGGCUUCUUUCCUGCAACGCUGUAUGCUAUGUACACCCGUGCAAGACUUUGUAAUUGGGAUACGGAAAAUGCGACGCAAUGGCUAACACUUGGUCGUCAAUGGAGCACAGCAGAGGUGCCGCUCGAGAGCAACAAUAGCGUAGGACAUGACGUUGGGUUUCUGAGCUAUCCAUUUGUGGAGGAGCUUGUGAUAAAUCCGCACAAUGAGACGGCUAUUUCUGCAGUGAAUCGGUUUGCGUCCGACCUUGCAGCACGGUUCAGCUCUGUUGUAGGCUGCACGAGGAGCUGGGACACACCAAAUCCCAUUGAUUUUCAAGUCAUCAUCGACAAUAUGAUGAACCUUGAGGUCCUCUUUGUUUCUGCUGGUUUAACGGGCAACAACACCCUACGAGAGAUAGCCAUUUCUCAUGCCAAUAAGACCAUGCGGAAUCACAUCCGACCAGAUGGUGCGUCUGUGUAUAGACCUUUCCAGCAGAAGACGUGGAUUGAGAGUGAUGUGAUUGCAAAAUUUACAGCCCAAGGCUACGCCAACUGGAGCACUUGGAGCCGUGGCCAAGCCUGGGGUAUCUAUGGCUUCUCAAAUAUGUACAAGCACACCGGUCAUUUGGAUUACUUGACCACUGCAAGACGCAUGGCAGCUUAUUUUCUCACACACCUGCCUACGGAUGGAAUUGUGCCAUGGGAUUUCAAUGCGCCGCUCGAUCCGCCCCGACCGGCGGAUUCCUCUGCGGCGAUGAUUGCAGUGAAUGGACUCAUGCUCUUAUCGCAGCAAGAGCGAUCUCUUUCUCCAGCAAAUGAUACGGGAGCAUCCUACUAUCAAAAUGCUGCUAUGCAACUUCUCCGUGAUAAUACCCAGUUGGCUUGGCGGCCGGAGUGGCAAAGCCUGCUGGCCAACGGCACAGUGGACAACCCUCAAGGAAACAACUUGACUGGGAUUGUGUACGGAGACUACUUCUUUGUGAAGGCAGGGAAUGACUUGCUAUCGAUGGGCGUGGCGUCGUGUUGA